AGUCUUGUUUUUGUGGCUCUAUCGAAUAGUGACUUCCCAAGGAAACUCUGCAAUCAGUAAAGAUGACUACUACGUACAAAGUUGAACAACUUACCGGAACUACGAUGAACUUCACUGGUGAAGCUCCGUACUACGAUGGUGAAACUUACAGUCUCUACUGGACCGACAUUGUUGGUGGACAAAUAUUCCGCAUGGAUACAACCACUACCAAGCUCUACACUGCAAGAAUCCUUGGAGAGACUUACAUCUCAUUCAUCAUUCCCGUUGAAGGAACUACAACUCAGUUCAUCAUUGGCGCUGGAAAACGUUUACUUCUUAUCAAUUGGGAUGGAGUUCACACCACGGCUCAAAUCAUUCGUAUCCUUGCUGAACUUACAACCACUGGAGUUCGCUUCAAUGAUGCUAAGACUGACACUCAAGGUCGUCUCUAUGUUGGAACAAUGAUUUCAGAAGAAACUGGAAACAUUUUCGACACUACCAAACGUGUUGGAUCGUUGUACCGUUUUACAAUGACCGAAGGUUUGACUGAAUUGAAAACCAAGGUUGGCCUUUCCAACGGUAUCGCUUUCAACGAUCAAACAAACACCAUGUACUUUGUUGAUUCUUAUGACUUGAACAUCAAACAAUUCUUCUAUGAUGGAAAGACCGGAAACAUUACAAACGAAAAAAUAUUGACCGACAUCACAAGCUAUGGAACUACCAAGACAAACGUCCCUGAUGGUUUAACGAUUGAUACUGAUGGAAAUCUUUAUGUUGCAAUGUUUGGCGGCGGUCGCAUUUUGAAGAUCAACACGACAACUGGAAAGGUGACAACUGAAAUCAAACUUCCAGUUCCCCAAGUUACAUCAAUGACAUUUGGUGGCAAGAACUACGACACCAUGUUUGUCACAACAGCUGGAUUGGACGUCACUGGACCUCAAACUUAUCCAUCUGGAUACAUGUUCAAGGUUACUGGACUUGGCGUUCAAGGUACAGAAACAACCAAAUUCGAGACCACAUAAAAAGUUCAAAUUUUGUCAACAUAAACAUUUCAAUAAAGAUUUUCUUCUCUUAACAUAACAAAACGAUGGAAAUUUAAUAAAUUUUAUUUUUACAAUUCAA